GUCGUGCUGCCAGAGGAGGAAGGGGCGGAGCCAAGCUUGAGGGGCGGGACAAUGGUGCUAUCAUCAUGGCGGGAUGCAUGAAAAUGAUAAACGGCUUAAUUUGUACUAAUGCUACAUUUGUGGUUUUCACGGUGCUGCUUCUCUCUCUACCUCAACACUCACAUCAAACCUCGGGUAACACACAUCAAAUAAUUGAUCUUCAGGAUGGACAGGACUACGUCAUGUCAGGGUCCAACAGGUUCUGUUACAAAAACUCAGCGGUGCCCACCUGGAGGCAAACAUGGACGAGGAUUCAGGUCAGAGUGUGGAGCUCCACUGUGUUCAAGGUGGACACAGUAGAAGGUGAGGAGAAGCUGCAGGAGCUGGACCGCUUCAGUGUCUGGGGCUGGUUUCAGGGCUUGUUACGGGAGCGUAAAAAUGAAACCACGAUCAACAUCGGCCUGUUCAGCAAGAAGACGUGCUUCAAGAUCGACCCAGCUGACAAAACUCUGUACACUGUCAAGCCCCUACGCAAAUUUGAUAUCUACCUGUUUUUGGUAUUCCUGGCUGGGAUUAUGUUGUUUCUCUUUGCAGACUCGCUCAGCAGGAGUCAACUCUUCUUCUACUCUGCUGGAAUGAGCACAGGCAUGAUCGCUUCUCUCAUCAUCCUCUUCUUCAUUCUGGCUCGCUUUUUGCCAAAGAAAAGCCCUUUCUAUGUGUUGAUUGUUGGCGGCUGGUCGUUUUCUGUGUACGCCAUCCAGCUCGUCUUCAAGAACCUUAGCGUCAUUUUGAAGGAGCACUGGAACAUGGCUUUAGGUUAUGUCGUAGUGGUGGGAUUCAUCAGUUUUGCGGUGUGUUACCUUUAUGGUCCUCUGGCGAAUGAGAAGAGCAUCAACAUCUUGUCCUGGACGCUGCAGCUCUUCGGUCUGCUCCUGGUUUAUUUCGGGAUUCAAAUCCAACAAGUCGCCAUUGCCAUCAUUGUAGCAGCGGUUUUCUCCAAAUACCUGGAGUACCCAGUCACUCUGGCAGUGGCCGCAUGGAGGAAAAUGAGACGGUUAGUUCACUGGAAGCCGGAGCCUCGUCGGCUGUUGACUGAAGAGGAGUAUCAGAGGCAGGCAGAGGAGGAGACUCGGCGCUCGCUGGACGAGCUGAGGAAGUACUGUCACAGCCCCGAGUUCAGCCCCUGGAAGACUGUGUCCAGACUGCAGUCCCCGAAAAGGUUUGCUGAUUUCGUUGAAGGCUCGCCUCACUUGAUGUCAAACGAGGUGUCCGUCCACGCACAGGAGUACGGCUUUGGAGGAUCUUUUUUUGAGGAUGAGUUUUUCGACACAGACGAUGAGGAAAUGGAGGAUUAUAAACCUUUGAUGAAACCAGAGUGAGAUAACAGUUACAGAAGAUGUUCUGAUAUAGAAACAGUCGUUGCUGCCUUUGACGAGGUGGGACCAGAGAGCAGCCCUCCGUGGACGUGCUCUCCUGCCUUUUGAGUGUUUUCUGUGGAGGGAUGGAAAAGCCUGGAUUUUUCAUUUCAGUCGCAUGAACUGCCUUACUAUGACAAACAUUGAUGAUCACAGCAGAGCGGUGUGGUCACCCAUCUGAUGUCAGCAAAGAAAUGUAGUUUCAAAGAAUGUGCACUAAAGCAAGACGUUUUCUUUUUUAGGGAACAAAAUACAAUGAAACAAGCCCAAGGUUAAAGCAAUAUAGAAAUGUCCGGUGUGUUGUUGUUUGUGCUGACUUUAGCCGUUUUAAUUUUUACAAACAAUGUGUUCACAGCCUUCAGGCUUCUUUAAAUGGGCUCACUGCACUGAGAGCAUCCAUACAUCCCUGCAGCACAUCAUGUGAAAGUUCUCCCCUCUCUGAACAGCAGCAUGACGUGGUGUGAGGUUUUAUUUCUGCUUUCUGCUCGGGGAGAAGUGAAGUCAUGUUACUGUUUUUCCUCUGUUUUUAUUUUACUUGAAAUAGAGAGGUGGAAGUGUCCUAAAGUAUUUUGAAUAAAAAAAUAUGAGUUA